CCCCUUCCCAGCCUGACACUCCAGAUUUUCCAGCCGACUGUUAGAGCUGACUUCCUCAAACUUUUUGGGAUAAAACUAGCAUCCAUAAUCAGCCACUCGACUCCACAAACGCCUGUGCGUGCCUCUCCAGACCAGAAAAUAGGCCAUCAUCAGGUCUGUUGGACAUAUUAGAGGAAGAGGGAAGAGGAUGUGGGGGUUCAGCAUCCUAUUGCUGCUGUUGCCAUCAGUGGUGAGUUCUGCUUUGCAUCCAGAGGAAAUGUUAGAUACACAGUGGAAACUAUGGAAGGACUCCUACAGAAAAGAAUAUAACAGCAAGGUGGAUGAGAUCUCUCGACGUCUGAUUUGGGAGAAGAACCUGAAAUACAUUUCCACACACAACCUGGAAUUCUCUCUUGGCCUUCAUACAUUUGAGCUGGCUAUGAACCACUUAGGUGACAUGACAAGUGAGGAGGUAGUACAGAAGAUGACUGGACUGAAGGUACCCCUGUCUCGAUCCCAGAACAAUGACACCCUCUAUUUUCCUGACUGGGAGACCAAAACUCCUGAUUCCAUCGACUACAGAAAAAAAGGAUAUGUCACACCUGUCAAAAAUCAGGGUCAGUGUGGCUCCUGCUGGGCCUUCAGUUCAGUGGGUGCCUUGGAAGGCCAGCUCAAGAAGAAGACUGGUAAACUACUUAACUUGAGCCCUCAGAACCUUGUGGACUGUGUGUCUGAAAAUGAUGGCUGUGGUGGGGGCUACAUGACCAAUGCCUUCCAGUAUGUGCAGAAGAACCGGGGCAUAGACUCUGAAGAUGCUUACCCUUACAUUGGAGAGGAUGAAAGUUGCAUGUACAACCCUACUGGCAAAGCAGCAAAAUGCCGGGGGUACCGAGAGAUCCCUGAAGGGAGUGAGAAAGCCUUGAAGAGGGCAGUGGCAAGAGUGGGACCUGUUGCUGUUGCAAUUGAUGCAAGCCUGUCCUCUUUCCAGUUCUAUAGCAAAGGUGUGUAUUAUGAUGAGAACUGCAAUAGUGAUAAUCUCAACCAUGCAGUGCUGGCUGUGGGAUAUGGAAUUCAAAGGGGGACCAAGCACUGGAUCAUCAAAAACAGUUGGGGAGAGCAGUGGGGCAACAAAGGUUACAUCUUGAUGGCUCGGAACAAGAACAACGCCUGUGGUAUCGCCAACCUGGCCAGCUUCCCCAAGAUGUGAUCUUGGCCAUCUGACUUUGCACCUUUCUUUCCACCCUCCUUCAGCUUGUGCGAGGCGGGUGGGGAUGCACUUUGGAAAGUCUCUCUUGGAACCAACUUGGUGGUUUGCAGAAGGUUCACCUACAUCUUACCUUUCAGUCUUACAAAGUGCCCUUCAGAUGACAUCUUCCUCCUCCUCCUCUUCUCAACCCCUACCUCUACUCAAUCUUCCUUUGAAAAUUUAGGGCCAAGUUUGAGAUUCUAGGGGUAGCUCAGAAACCCAUAUACAUGUGUGAGGUCUGUGAGGUAUGGACAGCAUGCCAUUGUUGGGGCAGUUUGCCCUGGUGCUACUGCUGUGCUGAUGUGAGGAGAGCUUGGAGAUCCUCAAAACAGAGCUGACUCAUCCAGCCAGAACAAGUUGGCCCUUCUCCUGCCUGGAGGCAGAGACGUGGACAAUAACAUGGAAUCAUCUCAAUCUAGCUUUCAGGGUUCCUUCCAUCCAGGUCUAUGAGUGUCCAUAAUCUUUUCCUCUUCCUCAAACGUGAGAAUUGCCUGUUUUCCAUUUUAUUCUACAAAACUAUGAUUCACUUAUUUUGUAGUAAGUUUAGAUUAUAAUAGAAAUGUGUAUUUUCCCCUCCCUGCUUAUAUAUUUUGAAAUAAACUGAGUAUUGAUCACUUA